AUGGGUUGUUGUUUAAGUAAUCAUAAUUAACAUGAUGCUAUUAUAUAAAAUAUUAUAGAAUAAACAGUUUUAGAAUAGCAAUAAAUAUAAAUAGAAGAAGGGUAAUAAGAAAGAAUUAGAACAACUUUAAAUUCAGAUUAAGAACUUAUUAAUAGUGAUGAUUCAAAAAAACAAUAAAAUGUAACAAUAGAACAUCAUGUAAAGAAAUCUAGUCAUCAUAAAAGAGAAUUUGAGAUGAAAGACGAAAGAGAUUAUAUGUUAAGAAUAGAGUACAAUGUUAAAAUAAAAUAAUUUAUAGUAGAAUUGAUAAAAUUGGAUACAUAAUCAUAUUACAAAAUAUAAAUAUCAGCAUCAUAUUUAGAUUUUGAAAUAAUGGUAGAUUUAAAAGGAAUAUAAGUGAAUGAUAAUCAUUAACACUUAUAAAUAUAUCCAUUUAAUUAUUAAGAAGCAGCCAGACAUGCCAGAUAUAGUUGUUUUUUUUCAAAUGAUAAAUAUUUUAACAUAGAAGAAAAUGAUUUCAAAAAAUAACAUUAUUUUCAAAAAUUAUUGUUAGUAUAAAGAUAAGUACUUAGAAGUCAUUAAAAGUCAACAUCAUCUUAAGAAAGAAGAGUUGUUAAUAGAAGAUGGGCAAUGGUCGCCGAUUUAGCAACACUUUUAAUUAAACAACCAAACUUACCUACAAAAACUAAACCAGAAAUGAAUUAUGAUGUUGUUAAUGAACUUAUGGAAGUUAUUCAAGUUUUUGAUAUAGAAGCUAAUCCUAGAUUUCUAAAUAUUAUAUUUCAUUUAAUGCUUUAAACUUACUUUCCUCAAAUGAGAGAAUAUUUAGUAUUUAUUGAAGAAAUUUAUUUUCUAUUUCAUGAUCUUCCACAUUUGGAUUGUCCUCAAUAUUAUAAAAUCUUAUUAUUCUACUAAGGAAUGAAUUAUUCUUUAAAAGAUCUUCAUACACAUUUAGAUUUUGAAUAACUACAAUUAUCUGAACUUUGUUUAUUAAAAUUGUUACAUUGUCUUAUUAAUAUACUAUAUGCCUGUUAUUCUAAAUAUCUUUACAGAUUGAAUUUUACAUUAAGUAAUAUAUACUAUUUUAGAAGAUUAAAAUUAUUUAAAUUAUAAUCAUUUUAAAGAAUAAAUUCACUUAUUCCAUUUUAAACUGAUGUAGAAUCAUCAAUUAAUUGUAUUACUGAAACCAAAAUAUAAAAAUUUAAGAAAUGUUAUCUUAAAGAUUAUUUAGCCAUUUGUGAUAUUAUUAUAUUAUUUAAAAAUCCUAGAGGAUACAAUUAACGAAUUAUAAGUAAAUUAAGAAAGAAAAAACCUCAAUCAGAGACAGAAGUUAAAUAUAAAGAUUAUCUAUUAUAUGCAGAUUCAAUAUUUGAUGAAGUUUAAGAUAGAAUAAUACUGGAUUUUAUUAAAAUGGGAUUAAAUCGAACAUUUUAAGGAGAAGAAUUUGAUUUAAAAUAGUAAAAUUUAUAUUUAUUUUAUAAUUAGAGCUUUAGAAGAAUUAAAAAGUAAUAUUACUUAGAUUUAAUAUCUUAUUUAAAGUACUGAAUAAUUGUAAAAGUAAAAAAAGAGGGAAGAAUAUUUAUAUAAAAAAUAAACAAAUCAUAAAGAAUAUUUCGAUAUUGUAGUAUCUUCAGAAAGUGAUGAAGAAGAUCAUGAUAAUAUUUUAAAAAAUUUUGAUUUUGAAUUAGACAUUGAAAAUUUAACUAUUAAAUAAUUUGAUAAAAAAGAGAAUAGUGAUGCUAUAGUUAGAGAAUAAUUAAAAAAUGAAAUGAAAUAUUCUUCUUUAUUAAUGAAUAGGAAUUUCUUAAAAAAUUGUUAAGCCUUUUUAUAAAAAGAAGAUAAAUAUUCAAUUGAUAAAGUUUAAGCUCUAAUUUAUCUGGCAUAAGCUAAAGCAUAAGAAGUAUUAGAUGAAAAAGAAAGGAAAUAAUAAUUUUAAAAUGAUUUAGAAAUUCCAAUUCAAUUAGUGUAAAAAAAUGAAGAUAAAUCAAUUAUAACAUUUCAUUUUUUAGUUUUAAUUUAGUUGAUAUAAUAUAGUUCUAGAAAACCAUAAUUAGUGUUGUUGAGAUUAUUGUAAAUAAGUUAAUUAUAAUCAUAAAAGAAAUUUGAUUUAAGACGUAAGAUUAAAAAAGCCAUUCAUUCAUAAACUGGAUUGAUUGAAAUGAGAAAACAUGUGAUCAUUCAAUUAGCAAAUGUAGAACAUUGUUUAGCUAAUUCAAGAUUAAAUGAAGCCAAUUCUAUGAUUUUCUCAAUUAUAGAUAUUUAAAUGAAAAGAAAGCUACUUACUUCUUUACUUUUUGGGUAUUCAUUAUAUCUUUAUGGAAUUAUAUGUUAAGAAACAAUUUAAAUUUAAUCAGCCAUGAUAACAUUUUAAAUGAGUAAAACUAUUUAUGAUAAUUAUUUCCCUAUGGAAAAAUUAAUAGAAAAUAAUUAUGAUGAGAUUUUAAAUAAAAGAAAUAUUCAGAAUGCUAAUUAAAAAGUAGAAUCCAAAAAAAUUUUGAUAAAUUUUCAUAAUAUGGCUACAUAUAAUCUAUCAAAAUUAGCAUAUAAUUUAGGUGUUGUAUUUUGUUAAUUAAAUGAUCCAGAAAACGCUUUAAGAGCACUAUAAAAGGCAAUUGAAUAUAGAAAAUUGUUGCAUGAUGAAUUUUCCGAUGAAGUUAUUGAGAUAAUUUUAAUGAUUUUUAAAAUUUAUAUUGAAAAUGAGGAAUCAUCUUAAGUUUUGAAAUUAGGUUGGUUUUAUGCAAGAAAAAUUAAUUAACGUUAUAGAGAUAAUAAUUUAUAAUGCUAACAUAAUAAAAAUUUUGCUUAAUUAGAAUUUUUAUUGGCUGGUGUAUUUUAAAGUUGCAAUUCUUAUUUUAGUGCUUUAAGGUUUUAUUCAAGAGCUAGUAAAGCAUAUACAAUAUCAAAGACAUAAACAUUUAAUAGAAUGUACUUUGUUUAAUAAUAAAGAAAAUUAAUAAUGUCAUAAAUAAAAGAUUAUCAUUUAAAUAAUGAUAGAUUAUAAUCAUAAGAAUUUUAUUAUUAAACUAAAGUAAAAAGUAUUUAUGAUAAAAUGAAACCAUUUUUUUAAUAAGUUUACUUUGUGGCUUCAAUUUUAUAUAUGGAUAAUUCAUUAAAUUAAAAUACUGGAACUAUAUUAUUGCAUUCUAAUGGUUUUAUGAAAAAUCAUGAUCAUUAAUUAGCAUGGUAAAGAUAUUAAGAGAUACAUAAACAAUAUUAAAAAAUUUAAAAAGAUGAAUGUUAUGGUCAUAAUAUUGAAAAAAUGGGUGAAAUAUAUUUAGAAUAAGGUCAUUUAGAUAAGGCUAAAAUGUAAUUUUAAUUUGCAAUUGGUAUAUAUGAGAAAUAUUUGUUUUUCCCUUAUAAGGAAUAUUGUCAAAUACGUUGUCAUUUAUAUAUAAUUUGUAUCCUGGCAAUCUAAAAGAAAACAGAAGAUCUUAUUUAAUAAUUUAAUUUUGUUGAAUCUUUUAUAUUAGAUUGUUAAUAAUUUAUGAAAUGGAGUAUAAUAUCUGAGGAAAGAAAAUAUAAUAAAUUUUAGUUAUUAUCCAAAAAAGCAGGAGUUAAGAUACUUUAUUAAUUACUAGAACUUAUGGAUCUAAUUGAUAAAUUUAGAAAUAUAAGGAAAAGAUGGUUUAAAAAAAUUUUAGAUUUAGAUUACAUAAAUUAAAGAGGAUUGAAAAUGAAAAAAAGAAUGAAAAUACAUCGAUCAGAAAAUAAAUUAUUGGCUGAAUUCCGUAAAUCAUGUUUACUUGGUAAUCAUGUAUCAAUUUGCAUUAGAAAAUAUGAGGAUUAGACAAAAGUAUAAAAGGAAGAUUUACAAAAGGAAUAAGAAAAGAGAUUGUAAGAUAUUUUAAAAGUAUAAUAAAAAAUAAAAAAUGAAGAUUAGAGUAUGCUAGAUUAAAUUAAAUUUGAAUAAGAAUAAUAAUUAAUAUCUUAGAAAAGUAUGAAAAUAAUAAAAUCAAAAUUCUUUAUUUUAGAUAUUGAUGAGAAUACAAUAAAGUAAAAGAAAAAGAAAUAAUAAAUAAAUGAAGAAGUGGAAAGAAUAGAAAUAUCUUAACAAACUUCUUAUAAAAUAAUAGAUUAGGUAUCAAGUACUUUAGAAUCUUAAAGAACCUAACCUACAAGUGAGAGAGUUGUAAAAGUGUAGAAAUCAAAAAGCUAAUAAAAAGCAACAGUAGUUAAGAAUGCAUAAAAUAAAAAUAGCAUAAAUUAAAGAGGUACGUCAUAAUAAUAAAAUCAGAGAUUAAAUCCAUUUUAGAAAGUGAGUAAAAAAUAAAUUUGA